UAAGCAUCCUGACCGAGUACCCAUCUGUUGCACAGCUGAGAUUCUACCGUUCGACCGUGCGCUCUUCCGCACUUGUAGGCUAGCUACGACUAUGUUACCUCAACUUUUGUGGUUCCAACGGUUAGAUCGACCGACUCGAGCGGCCCUGAGUAUAUUGCUCUAGGAGUUGCCUUUUACUGCGACAAUAUCGUCUUGACCGCCCUCGGUAUUUCGGUUGCUCCCAACGGGACUGUUGACAUUAUUGGUACGUACCCAAUGAAGCUAGCGCGCCUGCAAGUAUGUUGACCACGAAUGGGUCGUCGUUGCCCUACACAGCGGGUGAUGCCGGGGAUGAACCCACCCUCCUAAACAUAACAUUCAGCGUCGGUGACAUAGCCAGGACAUCUAUAAAAGCGUUGCACAACCACACAUUCGCCGCAACUGUUGAGAACUUGACCACGAAACACAAGUCCGGGGGACUGGUCACUGCCGUCAAGUAUCCUCUGUGUAACAGUCGCUAUGCCGUAUGGGCUAUCGGGGCGGUCGAUAGGAACAACACUCAGACCUCUUAUGUGGACUUUGGUACCGUCACUUUCUUCAAUGCCUCAGCUCGUCAACAUUCUCCACUACCAUUUCCUCUUCCAAUGUGACUGUAUCGUAUAUCGGAAACUGAUCUGCCAUAUCCGUUCGAUAUAAAUAAAACUGUAUUUUUGACAUGGACUCCUCGUUUUCUUCAUCUUUCAUAGUGAGUGCUAGUCUUUUCAUGUAUGCGC